AUGUCACCGGUGUCGGCCUUGAUCACCACAUCUAUCGAGGUCGACACCAAGCUUCGCGAGAUGACUGCUCUCUGCGCUCGCCAGCGGAGGAUCUCGUUGGUCCGUUGUCUUGCCCAACGAGAUCCUCAAGAUGAUCCUCAUGAACAUCGUCAUCUUCUCCUCGGUCUCGCCACCGGGCAUGCCCAGGCCGUCGCCCUCGAGGUCUUCUACGAGAACAACUACUUCGACUUCGCCUCAAAGACAUCAUUCCGGGCGCCGCUCGAGGCUGCAGAGUCGCUCUGGCUGGAGACUGGAAAUCCGGCGAGAACGACUGCGGUCAAUCACUCCGACGUCUUGGCCAAGCCCAUGGACGCCCGCGCGGACGUUCACGCCUUCCUGUCGGAGCGCAGCAAGGUUCUCGAUCUCCGCAUGAGCGGUCUUCCCCAUGACACAACGCAGUCAGAACUAGAGGGCUGGUUCACCCGAUUCGGCGGACGCCGUAUUGCUUUCUGGACCCGCAAACAGCAAGUCGCCUUCCCUUAG